AUGGCAAGAAUGCAGCAAGAGAUAGAUCUUUCAGCCUCCCACCCAGUAAUGGUGACGGAAACAAAAGGCGUGACGUCCCAUCGACGAUGCAAAUACGCCAACUUCAGCUUCCACAUUCACGCUGCAUCUAACAAGAAACAACCACAUAAUAGUCAAACUAUGGCACAAGAAGUGGCGCACAUCUCGUCGCCAGAUGCGAUGCAUGAGCCCACGGAUACAGACGUGAAGCUUGCGCUCACAGAAGUUGUCACGGCCGAAACCUCUGCCUCAGUACCGUCCAAUGGCACAGUAGAGGCAGAAACAUCCUCAGAUGCCGGCGACGCCAUAUCACUUGCAAGCAAGUCUGCAGCCGUUGAUGCCUCGACAGCCACAGAAGAGAUACUCGGUGCGACCGACACGCUUCGCCGCGAAGUUUCGUACAAGGCUGAGUGGUACCACCCCAAGACCGAUAUCCUGAAAUCAAUUCCGAUAGACUCACUUGCCGUUCUAAAGGCCGCCCAAGUGUCCUCAACAACUACGCAAACGGCCAAGUACCCGGAGGUGAUGGAAGUCAUCACACUCAUCGGCACCAGAGCGCGCAAAUCCAAGCCCGCAAAGUCCGUAACGAUAUCAGCGCCGGCGGGAUCCCAGAAAGCUGGUUGGGAUGACGACAAUAUCGAUGACGAUGAGAAUCCUCCAGCGAUUUCAGACUUCCUCCAGAAGUUCGAGGUUACGGAGGUGGGCACGCUCAGGAUAGUCAUCUACUCCGCAAAACUGCUCAACGCCAUUAGACGACUCAUUCAUUACUAUCCCUUCCAGGCCCUAACCGGAGAUACUGUCACAAUCUUCGAGCCGUACGAGUGCCUCGUUCAUCAUCAUGACCAAUUUGAGACCCUUAGACAACCGUGUGAGGAUCUGAACGGCGUAGAAUGUCGCGUUCAUGGCCAUCGGUCUUUGUGUUGCGACGAGACAAAGCGCCAUGUCAAGAUCCUUCUGGAUUACCUCCAGCCUACCAUGGAGUCGAAGAUCAGGCCUGCUCAAAAGAAACUUGAAUUGGCAACUCCAGUGAUCUCCUACGAGAAUCUCUGGUUGAUCUACAAGCCCGGCACCGAAAUCUGGACGCAUAUUCCAGAAAAAGAUGGCUCUCCCGCCGGAUCGGUCGAGCUUACAAGCGUGGUAUAUGGAUCACGACCUUCUGUUGUGCCAGAAAACAACGAAAAUGCGAUGGAACGCGCGUAUGCUGUUUCGAGCUGGUGCAUGUGUAGCGACGGUGAUAAUGUUGGCCGGUCUACAUCUCACACGUAUGUGCGCAAGUUCGAAGGAGACAAGGAGGUAUCGCAGCUGGAAGCGUACCCUCUGAUCUAUCACGGCGACAAAGGGACCCGUGUGAAACAUAUCGAACGUGGCAGACUUGUUGCUGAUCUCUUCAUGCAAAGAAGCAAACCAGUCCUUGUCGAUGGAAUCGCUUAUAUCAAGAACAAUCAGCCCAGGCGGUACAAAGGAAAGGCCAUCAUCGAUCCAAGCUCCACCGCAAGGCUAAGUGAAAUCACACACUGGUUUGCAAGUCCGGAGGUCGUGCUGGAUCGAAGCCUCAUCUUCUGGAAAUCACGGGGAAUGCGAAUACGUACGGAGAGUUCGAUCAACUCAAGACUACAUCGAAGCUAG